CCCCAGGCACUGAAAGGCAGAGAGAGAGAGCGAGAGCGAGAGCGAGGAGGAAGAAGAAGAAGAAGUAGAAGGGGGUGUGACACAGCAUGCACUCUUAGAGAAAGCCUCUCUACUGAUCAGGGAAAGUCAAACAGGACUGAAAACUUUUACUAAACCUCUCGUCUCCUCUCCUCUCCUCUCCUCCUCCUCUUCCUUGGAUUGUUUCUUUAUCGUCCAUGAGUGCUGCAAGCGUGCUCAGGUCUUUCAGCCCAUCAGCAAUGCCUGGCCCAGUAAUGCCGAUGGAUGUGGCUAUGAGAUUCUACAUCAGCCACUCUCCCCCUCCUCUCCGAGGGUUUCUCAGCUCCUACGAAGAGCUGCAGCGGGCCAAGAACCGAGUCAACCAGUCGACCGCACGCAGCCGCGACCAGCAGCUGUACAAACCGCUGCGGCCGUGCCUCAGCAGCCAGCACAAAGCAGUGGAUGAUGGCAAGUGUGUGGGCUGGAGCAACAAGGCCAGCAAGAAGAGGGUGGUGUUCGCAGAUACCAAGGGCAUGUCUCUCACCGCCAUCCACGUCUUCUCCAAGUUCGACGACGAGCCGUACCCGAACAAACGCUGCGGGGGGAUCGUGGAGGAGCUGCAGUUUGACAUGACGGACCUGGAAGCAGCCACAAAGGACCUAAAGAUAAGUUCUGCACGGAGCCUGGUGCUGGACUUUAAGCAGCCCUCAGCCGACUACCUGGACUUCAGGAACCGCCUGAUUCAGAAUUCGGUCUGCUUGGAGAACUGCUCGCUGCAGGAGCGCUCGCUGACCGGCACCAUCAAGGUCAGGAACAUCGGGUUCGAGAAGUCGGUUAAGGUGCGCGUCUCCUUUGACUCGUGGGCCAGCUUCACUGACGUCGACUGCACCUUCAUGAAUAAUGUCUACGGCUGCCAGGACAGUGACACCUUUGCGUUCGUCCUGGACAUGCCCCCCACCAUCCCGCCGCAGAACCGGAUCGAGUUCUGCAUCUGCUUCACCGUCCAGGACCAGACCUUCUGGGACAAUAACGACGGCAAGAAUUACGUUCUGAAGCACGUCGGCUGGAACGGAGAGGACCUAAACAUUCUGUCGCGUCCGUCUUGCGUGGAGCAGAAGAAGCCGUCGGAGCACAAAAACGGGGGCGUGAAGCUGCUGGAGAUGGAGUUCGAUCAGUUCGGCAGCCCGCGCAUGUGCUCCGGACUCUUCCCAGGGUGGCAGAGCUGGGGUCAGAUUGAAAACGCCGUGCCUUAUUGGUGAAAAGAUCAGGACUGCAUUGGAAUAAGAAAACGGACACUGACAGGGGCAUUCAGUAUGAAUCCAGCUGUGGGUUUGAGCUCGGACUGGCUCUCAGCCAGAGAGCAAACAUAAGCAAACACACUCUGCUUUUCCAGCGGAGGAAGUGCACAAAUCAGACAGAAACCGAACUGUAAUGAGCUCAACUGACCUGCUUUUUUGCUGUAACAUGGUCAUUUCUGCCUGAGAGACUUGAUGAACUGUGGUUUGGAGGAUGAGGGAUUUAUGGGGGAAGUCUGGUUGAGUUUCACAUAUUACUCUUUGGUCAAAUAUUAAUGUGCCUUCUCAGAGUGCCUGCCCACUAAAAUACAGACUAUAAUACAACCCACAACAAAUGUUAGGCCGUUUUGAGGGCCUCGUGUAAAGGUUGAAUAUGCACUGAUUGAGACGUCCCUCUCAAUGUGAUGUCUGUAAAACUGAAGAAGUGGAAAUGGAGCUGAAGUCCUUCAUAUUGAAGGGGAAAGUACAAGGAGUGCAUGGCAACCUAAUGCUUCUCUACUAAAGGAAACAGCUGAUUCAUUUCUAAUGAAACAAUGCACACUAAACCUUUGCACCUUCGUAAAGUUAAAAUAAUCACACGAUUCGAAAAAUGGCCUUAAUUUUUAAAAAAAGUGAGUCAUGCAGCCCUUUCUUUCCCUCCUUUGUACAUUGCAAAUGUUUGAUGAAAAAAUGUUUGGAUGGUGUAAUUUUGAGGUAAGUUAGUUAAGGAACUGAGCUGCUACCGACAGAUAUGUUGCAAGAGAGACUCUGAACAUGAUUGGUCGUCUUGAACCAGUGUGAAGUUUGGACAUUGUUUGGUGGUUUUUUGGCACGUUAAGUAAAGAACGAUGUAAAGACCGAAUGUUUAAAGUGCAAUUCUGUGAUGAGUGUAGGCUAUGUGUGGCUGAAAUGGAGUUUUUUUUCUCUCUUUUUCUUACUGUGAAGAAAGGUCUGUGCCCCAGCGCUGUGUGUGUGUCGCUGGCCAGCAAUGUGUCAGUCAUGUAUUUCCCUUUGAGAAAUAAAUUUCUAUAUUUGAGCUAAAA